CUAGCUGUCUUUAACAUUUCACUUCUAAGCGAAGAACUAUCGGCUGUUGGUUUGAAGGUAGCGAGUACCAAGAUAUUCCAUCUACAGCCUUAUUCAUCAUGGACAUAGCUGUCUCAGAAGACAAGGAAAUAAAAGAUCUAGAUGAAGAAUCAAUAUGGGACCUGAUUGAAAGCCAGCGCCAUAUAAUCACGAGCAAGGUCCGCCCCUGUCACAUCACACCCUUCUUGCGCCAGUGCCGUGUAAUUGGGGAGACAGAUGAAGAAGAAAUUCUUUUUGCCCCCCACCUUAACCACCGGUAUAUGAGAACUGGGCACAUGCUCGAUCUCUUAAGAACUCGGGGAAAGAAAGGAGGUCUUGCCUUUUUGGAGUCUUUGGGAUUUUAUAAUCCUGAACUUUACACAUUAAUAACUGGGAAGGAACCCACCCGGGAUUGUAGCAGCAUGCUCGUUGAGAAAGGAAAUUUGGAUUUAAUUCAGUUUCUAAUGAAUGAAGUGAUGAAGGCUCAGAAAUGGCUAAGAGAAGAGAAAUGCCACAGACAUCGGUUUCAGGAGAAAGUUCGAAGCUUGGAAGACCAAAACCAGCAACUGAAGACUGAGCUCAAGGGUUUGAAGGCAGCUGAGGCUAACUUGAGCAGAAUUAAGAUGGACUGGAAUCAUCACCAUGACGAAAUGAUUCGGCUGAAAGAGGAGAACUAUCAGAUAUUAAUGCGAUAUACAAAUACUCUGCAGGAGAAGGAAAUGUCUGUGACACGGAGCAGAGAGCUAUAUCAACAGGUGGAUGAUCUUCGGAUGGAGAAUAAGAAACUAAAACUAGAAUUUGAUGUUGAGCGAAGAAUGUCCUCCAAGCUGCGUGAAGCAUUCAAGCCUAAAGAAGACCAACUUUUAAACUUAAAAGGAGAAAUUGAUAAACUGAGGUCGAGGAUUCAAGAGUUGCAAAUAAACCCAGUGACUGUUGACAUGUUGGAGCAGGAACGUAUAGAAGCUCUGGAAGACAAGCAGGAUCUAAUGAAAGAGAUGAGUUCACUGCGGUUGGAGCUCGAUCAGGCUGAACGUCUGAGGAAUGAGUACCUGGACGAAAAGGAGAAUAUGCUGAUGGAAUGUGCUACUCUGAAGAUUGACUGUGAUAUGUACAAAGAUAAAAUCACCUCACUCCAGACACAAGUGUUCGAGCUGCAGAAAGAACGUGAUGAGGCUUAUUCAGCCAGGGAUGAAGCACAAUUGCAAAUUAGCAAAAUGAUCAUGGACAAAGAUUUAUGUCGUCGCCAAGUUAUUGAACUACAGGACACAUACCGUGAGUUGAAUAAGGAGCUGCUGCAGUUAAGAUCAAACAGGAACAAACAGGAGAAAGUAACAAAUAAUAAAACCCCACUACGUGAAAAACCCAAACUGAAGCGUCUGCAAGCAGUGAAUCCUAGGACCACCAGCUAUGACAGUGAUGAAAGCAGUUGCAGCAGUCAAUGUGAUCUUUAUCUGCAUCUAAAGAAAGGCAAAAGCUGUGAGUCAGUGAACAGAAUGAAUUCUUACUUUGUCGAGCCACCCAGCAGGGAAUCUCUCUACAGACGCCAAACUGAAAAUACUGAGGAAGAAUCAUCCAGCAACAAACAUUCUGUUGAUGACGAUGUUUUCACAUCAGUAGAUGAUUGCACUGAUACAGACAGCUCCAAUGAAAAUAUUCCUGAUAUUGUACCACUCAAAAAGCCUGAAUCAUCUCCUGAAAGCUUACUAUCUAUGACUGGAGCCACUGCAGCACCUGAACAAGACUGGCCGUUCUUACGAGGGCCUCCUCAAAUGAAGUUAAUGAGCAAAAUAUCUUUUUAUAAAUUCAAUGGAGAUGGCAUCCUGGAUCAAAUUGAAAUAAUUGGUGGGAAUUCAACUGGAAUAUUCAUUCACAAAAUCAAACCUGGAUCUCCAGCAUAUAACUGUGGCCUUGAGCCAGGAUUUCAGAUCAUGAUGGUGGAAAAUAAUGGCAGAGAUCCAAAAAAGACUGUACUGGAGGAUGCCAGUUUGGAGGAGGCUGUUUGGACCUUGAAGCAAAUUAAAGGGAUGUGUUCUUUAGCCAUAAGGCAUAAGGGAGAAGCAUAUCAAACAUUGGUGGAAAAUAUUGAGAGGAAGAUUGCUACCUCGGGUGAUUCGUUCUACAUCCGCGUCAAUGUUUCAUUUGAUAAGGAAAGUGGGGCUAUUGGAGAAUUUACUGUCCAAUGCAAUGAAAUCCUGCACAUCACUGACACCAUUCACAAAGGCGAUAAUGAGUGGAAAGCGUUCAGAGUGAAUCCAAACACAAUGUCAGAUAUGGAAGGUGGAACUAUUCCAAAUUACUAUCGGGCUCAACAGUUGUUGAUUGUAACAAUUCGCAACAUGAUGCAACAGCCCCCAUCAAGUCAAAAGCAAGGUCGGAAACAGUCAUCUUCAAACCAAAAGAAGUUUAUGAGAAUAAUCAGCACUGAAAUAAGUCAGACAAAUCCACACUGCUUAUUGUUUGACUAUGGUACCAUUAAUCCCAACAAAGAACAAGAUGACAAGUCUCCUGGCAGUUGCUUUACAUUAAUGCCCUACUCACUGGUUAGGCCGUGCCAUCCACCAUCUCUGCGGCCAGUGAUAAUAGCACCCACUUGCAUUGGAAAAGUUGUGCUUGAGAAGCUGAAGGACCUAGCCGAAUAUGAGAAAUGUAAAUAUGAGUGCUUGAAUAGUACUGAGUAUGCUGCAAAAGACAGAAAAGGAGAUAUUUUGGGUGUGAUUGAAGUACAGAACCUACUUCGUUCCUGUUACACACGGACUGCUGUAGAAGCUGUAGUUGCUAAGAAUGCCCACUGCCUGUUGGAACUUGGGCUGGAUUGUGUGAAGCAAUUACAUAAGGUGGAAAUCUACCCCAUUGUCAUUGUCAUUCGUCUCUGCGAGAAAAACAUUAAGAAAAUUAAGAAGAUCGUGCAGAAAUAUGGAGUGACAAAGGAUUUGCUGUUACAGUGUUAUCGAAGGGAAGAGACUUGCUUGGAUACAUUGCCGUGCCUAUACAACAGUAUUGCCAAUGGUUGGAGUGAUCUUGAUUCACUCGUCAACUUAGUCAAAGCUGCAAUAAAGGAUGAACAAAAGAAAAUUGUCUGGAUUGAAAAAGACCGACUCUAGUGCAUUUGUUUAAGGACUGUGUGUAAGAAAACGUGAAGAGUUUACUAACAAGCGGGUGAACUGCCCUCUCAUUCUUAACAUGUGGAUGGAAAAAGAAAUUAUUUUUGGUGUUUUCAUAUAAAGGAUUUUGUUAAAUUUUCAUUCAUACCUCCGGAAAUACAUUUUUUUAUUAAAUAUAAAAGUCAAUAGUCUAUUUGUAUAUUUUAGGAUGCGCUUCCUCUGUGCAGCCUCUGCCAUUCCAUCUCUCCUACUGGUUGGACAUCAAGUAGCUUCAGGGUGAGAAAAAUAAAAAGACAAAUACUCUUAUUGGGUAUAAAACAAAAAUAAAAGCAUUUCUUCAUUCGUGGGGUGCAUAAUUCCACGAGUACUGACUGAGAAACAAUUCCUUUGAAUAAAAGCAGUAAUGUCAAAAUGAUUGAAUAUUUAUAAAAAGACAAGCAGUUGUGGUGGAGAGAUUAUUUCCAAUGAAUUUCUAUAAUGAUUAAAGCUACAGAAAGAUAUAUUUGUAAAAAUAUUAUGUAGGAUCUUUUAUUGCACUUAGCAAAUGGACUCUGAGAAGGCAGCUCACAAUCACCUUCUCAAGGAUAAUGAAGGAGCAGCAGGAAAUAUUGCCCUAAUCAGUGGCACCCACAUCAUCCGAAAUAGUAAUUAAAAAAAACACACAUAUCAUUGCUAUUUUAUGUAUUUUGUAAAGUCCUUUAAGAUACUUCUCCAUGUUUAAGGAAAAUUUAUAGAAAUAUAAGUUGUAAAUUGGAUACAGUUGCAACGAUAAACAAGUUGACAGCUGUCAAUACAAUGCAGUAGCAAUGGAGUUAUGUAAUUUAGAUUUUUGGAUAACAAAAUAAGUGACAACCACCUUAGUAUCUGUCUUAAUAAUAUAACUUAUUGCCAAAUACUUAUGCUGCCAUCUGUUGUUUCACUAUUAAUUGGAACUUUGUGUAUUUAUAUACGUAUGAUAUCUUUUUAAAGUGUUUGCUUUUUAUUGACAGCUGCAUGCUUGCAUGCACGAAAGACUCUGCAUGAGUCCAUUUUUUUCAUACGAAACAGUCGUUAUAUUAUUUAAAUACUUGAGAUGUUUUUCAAGUGACAUGUUAGAUUUGCUUGAAACAGUGAUAUUGUGAACAAUACUAUAAAUAUUUGUUGAAGUAUGAGAAUUGAAUGAAUGGAAUCUAAGAUGUACCAUUAUAAAUCAUUUGUCCGAUUGUUUCCAAAAGAGCAAAUAUUUAACAUCUUGAGAUUAUUUAAAUAUAUAAAUUUAAUAAUGGACAUCACUAAA